CCCCCUUUUUCCUACUAUGUCACCAUGUGCUUGAUCUCAUCAACGGCAUCUGCACUUGUUUGCUCUGACGAAAAACCAGCGUCUGACCCCCCUGGGAUGGACUGAACAUCCUUCUCGCCCAGCCAGUCCUUCUAUUACCUCGCUGUUCCAGCUCCUGCUCUUUGACCGCAUUGCGGUAGUAAAUGGAAAACAGACGACUGGCCCCUCGGUCAGACGAAUUCACACGACGAAACACAGAAGACUCAAGGAACAACCUUGAGUCCGACCUCGAGUUUCCCCCCCGUCGCACUUGUUCUUCAACAGCUCCACCGACCCGCCGACCACGUUCGCCCUGUCUCUCCUUGACCAAACUUCCAUGAUCGACAGCGGGCCCCCCUGACCUUCUUGACGUCUAAUAAAUCAGAACCUGGAAGCUCCUUUCCAACCCACGACUACCUGGCCCGGAUUCCCUCCUCCGCACCCGCCGACAGCUUCCCAAACUCAAACUCGCUGUCUUUCUCCCCUCUCUUACCUCAUUGCGAUUUCAUCCCGCCGACCUGCCCUCCGAAUCCACCUUCCGACUGCUUUAAACCACCCGAGACGCUGUCAGAAGCGUCCCUCUGUCACCAUGGCCGACUCCGAACCCUUCCCUCUCCUCAAUACCUCUGUCGACCAACUGCAUUCUGCUAUCGACCACGCCCCCAGCUCGUCACGAACAACACGGCGACGAAAGUCAAGCGCACUCGGCCAAGAUAUCCGCGCUGGCGAUACAGGCCCAGCACUUGCAACAGCCCGAGACAACACCUCCGUCACACUUACUGUUCCUACAAAACGUCCCUCGAAGCGCCGGCGAGCUCGUGGCGGCCUCGCUCGAGUUCGACAAGCCAUGACCAAACACACGUACCUCGUGCCCGCCCUCAUCAUUGGCCUUGUUCUGGCCCUUUAUAUUGUUCAACCAAACGACUCGAACCCGCUUCAUCGCUUUAUUUUCCUCUCAUACCGCUUACCAUCCGACCCGCUCAAUCCUGAUGCCCCUGCUCAAUAUGGUAAAGGCUUAUGGGACAUCGCCUUUGUGUCGUUUUGGACUGUGGUCUUGACUUUUACUCGGGAAUUCAUCAUGCAAGAACUUUUGCGGCCACUUGCUCGCGCCGCCGGAAUCCGCUCGCGUGGCAAGCAAGCUCGUUUCAUGGAGCAGAUGUACACUGCCAUUUAUUUUGGCUGUCUUGGACCUGCCGGUCUGUACGUCAUGAGCAAGACGCCUGUCUGGUACUACAGUACGCGAGGCAUGUACGAGGACUUUCCGCAUAUGACACACGAGGCUGGCUUCAAGUUCUAUUACCUUUUUCAGGCUGCGUACUGGGCUCAACAAGCAAUCGUCUUGCUGUUGGGUAUGGAGAAACCCCGGAAAGACUUCAAGGAGCUGGUUGGUCAUCACAUCGUCAGUCUUUCUUUGAUUGCUCUUAGCUACCGCUUCCACUUCACCUAUAUGGGACUGGCAGUGUACUCGACUCACGACAUCAGUGACUUCUUUCUUGCUACAUCCAAGGUACUGAACUACAUCGAUUCUCCAAUUGUCGGUCCUUACUUCUUCCUCUUCAUGUGCGUUUGGAUUUACUUGCGCCACUUCAUCAACUUGAAGAUCAUUCUAUCUCUGUUCACAGAGUACACCACUGUCGGGCCAUUCGAAUUGAACUGGGCCACUCAACAAUACAAGUGUACGCUGUCGCAGUACAUCACUCUUGGACUUUUGUCAUCACUGCAGGCCCUGAAUCUUUUCUGGCUCUUCUACAUCUUCCGCAUUGCCUAUCGAUUCCUUCGCUACGACAUCGCCGAGGACGACCGCAGUGAUGCAGAAGUCACUGAUGUCGACGACGAGGCCGAGAAGAAGAAGAAGGCUCUUUCCGAGAAGACCAAUGGCCACGCUACCGGAGUCAACGGCAUUGCGCCUCAGGCCAGGCUUGUUAAUGGCCGCGCAUGAUAGAAACCCUCGAUAAAGAACAGAGCAAAGAGAGGAUGCAAACCGAAGCACCGGAGGUGUUGUCGGUUGCCAUUGAAUCUUUCGCCUGCGACUGAUGUUACAACCGGCGGACAUACCCAAUCGCUGCGAAGAAAGACGGGGGGAGACACCAAAACAUGUCGAGCACCUAUUCAUCGCUAUCCGAAGUCGCGAUAGUCUGUCAAUUUGGAACAAGAAAAGUGGCUCAGCAAUUACCGAAACGUGGGGUGCGGAGCGUUUGAAUCGCGACACGUGCUGGGAUCGCGCCUCCUUACCGCAUUGACUUGCACACAUUCUUACGAAGUAUGUGCAUGCGCCGAGGGCACAAUACCUGCCUGAUGAGUUCCAGAGAGACACUCACUGGAGACAGUCAUUCUGUCAGACCGGUAUUAGGCAAGGAAUCAAGACCCUAGACAUUAGAAAGCAUACGGCCUCGGGUCGCUGAUCGGUUAGCACCGGGAAUGCUUUUGCAAACAAUCGGCAUCUCUGAGGCUUAGCGACAAUGAGCCGAGGUCAAGGCGUUUGUGGCCUUGGUAGUGGUGGUGGUCGUCCCGAGAGGGGUGCAAGUGCGGAGGCAGACGAAGUGAGACAGAUGUGCGUCUGUGGACGAUGACGGCGCCUCCUCCUGCGCAACCAGGCAACUUGACGGCAUCCUCCCCACACCGCCUGAAUACAGUCUCACACCCACUGAGCUCUCGUGCUCCUUGUGCUCACGACAUCCGAAUCCACAUCUCACUCAUUCCCUCCCACCCUCGUGAUUUCCUACCACUUUAGUACUUCUGGGAACGAACACAAGACGGGAAAUGACUCUUACCAGACUGAGACAUUUCCCGGCCUAGGCUUGUAGGUUCAGC